UUGGAGGAGGAAGAAGAAGAAAUGGAGAGAGAGAGCGGAUUGGUGAGUCUGUGCAUGGAAGAGGCUUGCAAGAGCUGGGAGGCCAUCGAGCGAUGGCGUCGGCAGCGGCGGAGCCUCGAACACCUCGAACAGCUUCCUCCUCACCUCGCCGAUUCUCUCCUCCGCCGCCUCCUCCGACGCCGAUUGCUUUUCCCGUCAUUGCUCGAAGUGUUCAAACAUUGUGUGGAGAACUUAGAUCUCCGAGGCGAAAGCUCCAUCGAUGCAGAAUGGAUGGCAUAUAUUGGAGCAUUCGUUAACCUGUUUUCUCUAAAUCUAUCGGACUGUCAUAGAAUCCACAGUUCCACGCUCUGGCCUUUAACAGGAUUAGCAAGUUUAAAGGAGCUAGACCUUUCUAGAUGCUCAAAGGUUACAGAUUCUGGCAUAAAGCAUCUCCUUUCUCUUCCAAAUUUGGAGAAGCUAUGGAUUUCACAGACAGGCGUUACAGAAGCUGGGGUUUCUCUCCUUGCUUCACUCAAAAAUUUGUCUCUUCUAGACUUGGGUGGCUUACCUGUUACUGAUAACAACUUGAAUUCUGUUCAGGCGUUGACAAAGCUAGAGCACCUCGACAUAUGGGGAAGCAGUGUAACCAACAAAGGUGCUGCUCUUAUACAAAACUUCCCAAACUUAACAUUCCUCGAUCUCUCGUGGACCAAUGUCACACACGUUCCAAACACACGAUCGCUUGAAUGCUUACACAUGAGCAAAUGCACCAUUGUCUCCAUUUCCAAAACUCACAGCUCCACGUUAGCUUCUUUGAGAAAGCUUGUUCUGUCAGGAGCCACUUUCAAAACCGACCCAGAGGCCCUGUUCUUCAACAAUAAAAGCUCUCUCUCCUUCUUAGAUGUUUCCAACACUUCCCUCCAGAACUUCGGCUUCUUAGAAUCAAUGACGAAGCUGGAACAUCUCGAUCUAAGCUGCACAGCUUUCAGUGAUGAUUCUGUCGAGUUUUUAGCAUGUAUAUGUGAGAAUCUGAGGAGUCUGAAUCUUGGAAACACGAGAAUCAGCACAGAUGGGAUCGGGAUUCUGGCUGGAUGUGUACCACAUCUUGAGACUUUAUCUCUGAAUGAGACAUCUAUAGAUGAUCACGCUGUCUUGUUUAUCAGCGCGACGAUGCCUUCUAUUAAGACCCUUGACUUGAGCAAAACCAGCAUCCGAGGAUUCAUCAAACAACAAGGUCCGGAAGCAGAAGCAGAACUCUCUCUAGCAGCGCUUCAUACCCUGACUUCGCUGGAAGCACUGAAACUGGAAUCCGCAUACCUCAAAGAAGUCGCUCUCCUCUCCCCUUUACAAACCUUAAGUGGAUUGACGCAUUUGUCGAUCAGAACUCUGUCCCUCACCGACACCACCUUCCACCAGCUUUCCUCCCUCCCGAAUCUUGUCAGUCUUGAAAUCCUGGAUUCCGUGUUGACCAACCAUGGCCUCGAAAAUUUUAAACCUCAGCCGAGUUUGAGAGCACUCAACCUCAAGGGCUGCUGGCUUUUGAGCGAGGAGUGUAUCUCGGUUUUCUGCAAGAAGUACCCUCACCUCAAAGUGAGGCACGAUUUCUCCCGGGUUUCUUCUCCCGACCUAAUGCCGCUUCCCCGUUCAUCUCCUUCAAAGAUUCCCGCGACGAGCUACAGAAAGCGCAAUCCUCUACUUUCUUCUUCUGGGGGAUUUCUAGAUCAAAGGGUGAAGUAUGGUAGAGAAGAGUUGCUUGCUCUGCAAGAUUCUCCACUGUCGUUGCCACCGCCUCCACGUGACGAAGGCCUCAUCGGAGUACCGGAGAUUCUAGCCGAGGGAGACGCGUUCGGUUUGUGAUAUAAACGUUUGCUUUGUUUAUUUGUUUUUGUAACUUGGAAAAUUUAUUCUUCACAAUCCACAAUUUUGGAAAUU